AUGAGUGGUAGGCAAGAUGCAUUAAAUUGGCCUUUCAUGCGUUCCAAUGGCCAACCCUAUUGCUAUCAUUCUCAAUGCUCCUAUGAUUCUCUCGCGAACCGCUGUCAAACAAAACGACAAGGUGGAAGAGCGUUGCUGUCGCUGCCAAGAGGCCCUCCUCCUCCCCCCUCUUGCCCUCGCCUCGAACCCUUCAAUCACAAAAAGACACGUCCGUUAUUGUUGAUAGUGUUCACCAAGAUUGGGAGUCACCAUUCCAUGGAAGACUUUGUCGUCAGAGGCAAAGAGUCCAAAGAUGAGGUUCAGAUUUACACCUGGAAGGACGCUACUCUCCGAGAACUCACCAAUCUUGUCAAAGAAGUGGCUUUGACUGCAAGGAGAAGAAACGCCAAACUCUCCUUCGCCUUUGUAUUCCCCGACAAAAAUGACCGUUUCAAAGUUUAA